AUGAGUGGCCAAAGAACCGGCAGCACCCAUCAGGCCAAACGCCCGCGACUCGGCGAGCGCACCAUGUUGGCCUGCAUCGGCUGCAAGCAAAAGAAGCUCAAGUGCGACGGACAAAGCCCCAAGUGCCAGAACUGCGUGAAGACUGGACGAGACUGCCUGGUAGAAGACCCCGGCACCGGCUUACAUCGCCCGCGCGACUACAUGAAGUCGCUGGAGGCCCGCGUUGCCUAUCUCGAAGGUCUCUUACAGCAGGCCCGGCCCGAGGUCGCCCUCGAUCACUUUGGUGCCAAUCACGAGGGUGGUGGCAGUCGUGGUCGUGAAGCAAACCAAAACGCCGCCGCCGCUUCGCACAACGGCGGUCCCACGCAAGCAAUGCCCAUCAUGCACAUGCCAUCUGCCCUCGCCCCGAACCUCCAGGCUCACCCUUCAUCAUUCGAAGACGUGGACUUCUCGCGGGCAUUACGUGCGCCUUCCCCAGAUGUUGACGACCAUCAUGUCGAUACCUUGUCGUCAGAGGUUGCGUUGCUCUGUCUGAGCGCGGCCGGCCGAGAGCCGCAUUACUUUGGUCCUUCUUCCGCUGUUUCCUUUUCGCGCAUCGUCAGCGCGACCAUGGGCCUUGCCAGCACUGGCGGGAGCUCGCAGCAUAGCCAUGCAGGCCGGGGGAAGGAUAUCAAUCCGGAAGUCGUCCGAGAGGUCCCGUUGAGGUUACCGUCGCCGAUACUGAGGGCAAACUUGUCAGAAGCGUACUUUAACAACAUACAUCCCCAGUACCCAUUUCUGCACAAGCCGACGUUCCGGAUUUGGGAAGAGACAUGCCUAAAGGCGAGUCUCGACGGAGAUCUGAGCAGUGUCAACGGAUCAACACUUUUCUUCGUCUUAAUGGUAUAUUCAAUAGGGUCUUUAGUCCUUGGUCAAAACCACUAUGAUGCUGCUGAGGUAUGCUCUACUCUUUCGUGGAGCUGGCGUAUUGUGCGACGAAGAAUAUUGACGCAGGAAUCGGCAGGCUUACUAUUCAAUGGCCUUGGAUCACAUCUCGGCAAUCACCUGUUGGUGAAAGUCUCUGGUAUGGCUAUACGCCAUUGUAUCGAGCUCGGCUACCACCGAAGUGCCGAGAGAUAUCACAGAAAUACAGAUGCUUUGACUAAGGAAAUGUCCAAGAGAUGUUUCUGGGUCGCGUAUGACAUUGACAGAGUCGUUGCGUUUACACUAGGCCGCCCAGUUGGUAUUCCGGACGAUUCUAUCGAUGUCGAGUUACCACUGGAUAUCGAUGAUGAGAAUGUGACUUCGGGAGGACUCUUGUCAGCCUCACGAACAUCCAAUACGGACCCGCCGACACUCAUGACCGGCUUCAUCCACGCUAUCAAACUAAGGCGUCUGUGGACGAAGAUCAGCGACAACCUAUAUCCCCCCACGACCCGACGUUGCGGCUGCGGAGAUACAGCUACAAUAGAGAGUCUCCGCCAUGAACUAGAGGAGUGGCGUGCAAAAACUCCCGAUCAGCUAGACUACUCAAGGGCGCACCCACUGUCAGUCUUCACCUCUCGCUCCUGGUUCCAACUCGCUUACGACCACUCGAUCCUAUUGCUCUACCGCCACUACAUGAUGGGAGGAUCACCCGCAGCAAACCAGUCUACGCCGGACAACACCGGUCACGGAGGAAACCUCAACGACAACGAAGCCACGGAGCGGGUGCUGGAAGAGUGCGCGGUGCGCGCGCGGGAGAUGUGCAUGCUCUACCGCCGCGUUUACCAGUCCUCCUCGGUCCAGUUCACCUGGGGCAGCCUGCACAUCCUCUUCCUCGGCGGGCUGACGUAUCUCUACUGCUUAUGGCGCUCCAAGCGCGUCCGGGACUCGACGAGGCAGGCUGAUGUGGUGACGACGUGUAUGGCGUGCACCACCGUUCUUAUUAUCAUUGCCGAGCGGUGGAACCUGGCGACGUCGUACCGGGAUAUGUUUGAGGCGCUGUCGCAGAGGACGAUUAGUAUGGUUUGUAACGAUGGGCAGAAACCGGCGGCGGCGGCGGCGGCGAGUGGUAACACUUCCUUGCCUGCGAUUGAGUCGGGCCCGGUAGCGGGAGAUAUGCAUGCCGCUUUUGGCGUUGGUGCGGCGCCGUCGAUGCAGGAUUGGAUUAUGGGAUUGGACGACUUGUCGAUUCCGCAAGAGUCGGAGUGGUUGGUGCAAGAGUUGCUUCAAGGUGUUCGAGAUUAUUAG